AUGGCUUCCCUAUUUCGAUCUGUCGCCCGUCCCUCCACGCUCAGAGCUGUUGCAGCCACCAAUCCUGCUCGAUGCCUGACCACCGCCGACAAAACAUUUGUUCGGAUGAAAGCUACUCUUCCUGACCUUGCAUACGACUAUGGUGCUCUGGAGCCCGCCAUAUCCGGCAAGAUCAUGGAACUGCACCACAGCAAACAUCACCAGACCUACGUGAACUCUUACAACGAUGCCGCCGAUAAAUACGCUGCUGCUGAAGCCAACGAUGAUAUUGCCACAAAGAUUGCUCUUCAGCCGCUGAUCAACUUUCACGGCGGUGGCCACCUCAAUCACUCCUUGUUCUGGGAGAACCUCGCACCCAGGAACUCGGGCGGCGGCGAGCCUCCUUCCGGCGAACUGGCAAAGGUAAUUGAUAGUACCUACGGAAGCUUGGAAGAGAUGAAGAAGAAGUUCAACACUGCUUUGGCCGGCAUCCAAGGUUCCGGUUGGGCUUGGCUAGUCAAGGAUACCCAGACCGGGAACAUCAUGAUCCAGACGUAUGCGAAUCAGGAUCCCGUCGUCGGCCGAUAUAAGCCUUUGCUAGGUGUCGACGCUUGGGAGCAUGCUUACUACCUGCAAUACCAGAACCGAAAGGCCGAGUACUUCAGCGCCAUCUGGGAUGUCAUCAACUGGAAGGCUGCCGAGAAGAGAUUUGUCAGUUAA